GCCAGCUUCUCUUCCUCUCCUCCUCAAUCUUCUUCUCUUAACUACUUUGUAACUUGUUAAAUUAGCCAUGGCUUCCAACAAGUUUAAGUUUUUAUUCGGGUUGAUUUUGCUUCUUAUAGCCACUGCCUCAGCUCAGUUGUCCUCGGACUUUUACGCGACAACAUGCCCCAGUGCACUUGCCACCAUUAAAUCAGCAGUGGCAACCGCAGUCAAGAAAGAGGCUCGCAUGGGAGCUUCCUUGCUUCGUCUUCACUUCCACGACUGCUUUGUUAAUGGAUGUGAUGCAUCCAUCCUCUUGGACGAUACUGCAAAUUUUACGGGUGAAAAGAGCGCCACGCCAAAUGCCAAUUCAGUGAGGGGAUUUGCUGUAAUAGACAUCAUCAAAUCUCAAUUAGAGGACCUAUGCCCUGGUGUCGUCUCCUGUGCUGAUAUAUUAGCAGUCGCUGCUCGUGACUCCAUUGUUGCUCUUGGCGGACCAAGUUGGACUGUUCUUCUGGGAAGAAGAGAUUCAACCACAGCAAGCCUAAGUGCUGUUGAUUCCAACAUCCCCUCCCCAUUCCGAAGUCUUAUUCCCCAGCUCUAUUUCUUCACCAACAAAGGUUUCACAGCUAAGGAAACGAUAACUCUUUUAGGAUCGCACACAAUUGGACAAGCAAGGUGCACAAUGUUCCGAACACGUAUCUACAACGAUACCAACAUUGAUCCCACCUUUGCCACAUCACUACGGCAAAAUUGUCCGACCACCGGGGGAGACAACAACCUUGCUCCUCUAGACACUACAAGUCCAACAUCAUUUGACAAUGCAUACUUUAAGAAUUUGUUGAACGAGAAAGGACUUUUGCUUGUCGAUCAGCAGCUCGUUAAUGAACCCACCAUAUACUCUCAAAUCACUGAAUACAGCAACAACGAGGAAGCCUUCAGGACAGACUUUGCGAAUGCAAUGAUCUACAACCUAGACGGACCAACAAGAAGCAGAGGUGAAAUUUUCAAAAGGCUUCAGCGUGUAUGUGUUUCAGAGCCGUAGAUUGACAGAAAGGACCGGGCUUGUGCCAAGUACAUCGGCAGUUUGGAUUGGCCGGCGGCCGGAGGUAAGGUGGAAGUGAGAUGAGGCUUCUUGCAGAGAAAAGAAGACGUUU